AGCGACAAAUCAAAUACAAGAGAACAGCUGCACCUGUGAGAAGAUAUCUCGCAAUGGCUCCCACAGAGACCAAAGGAGCGGCCAAGCCGCCGUCGUCAGGCAGCUCGAGAGCAUGGGACGGUCUUACACCUGCGCUUUCUGAAUGGGCCCUGGACGCGGUCUCCAGCAUGGGCUUCAGUCGCAUGACUCCAGUCCAAGCGUCUACGAUACCGCUUUUCAUGGGCUAUAAAGAUGUCGUUGUCGAGGCUGUAACCGGUAGCGGUAAAACGCUUGCCUUCCUGAUACCCAUUGUCGAACGAUUGCUUCGCCUUGAAGAGCCCAUCCGAAGACAUCACAUUGGCGCAAUUAUAAUAUCUCCGACAAGAGAGCUUGCUACUCAAAUCUACACUGUCCUGCUUUCUCUAUUGUCUUUCCAUGGGCCGUCUGCUGCUGCCCUGAACCCUCCGAGUGAAGACACGGAUAUGCCAGAUGCGAAGCCUAAUUCAUCAAAAUCAUCCGAUUUGAAAGUUGUGCCGCAGCUCAUUCUUGGUGGAACCACUACGCCUGCGCAAGAUCUCAGCUCGUUUCUCAAGAACUCACCAAACCUGAUCAUUUCGACACCUGGUCGCCUGCUCGAACUUCUUUCCUCUCCACAUGUUCACUGCCCGCAAUCAUCAUUCGAAGUCUUGGUCCUCGAUGAAGCAGAUAGAUUACUCGAUAUGGGCUUUAAGGAAGACUUGCAGAAGAUCCUAUCCCGACUUCCGAAACAAAGGCGAACUGGGCUGUUCAGUGCUAGUGUCAGCGAGGCGGUAGACCAGAUUGUUAGAGUGGGUUUGCGUAAUCCCGUGAGGAUUGCAGUAAAGGUUAGAGGACCUUCGGGCGCAGAGGACAGGAGAACUCCAGCAAGUCUUCAAAUGACAUAUCUCACUACCCCAGCCAGCCAUAAAAUCCCCGCCCUGAGCCAACUUCUUGGUUCUAUGGACCCGACACCACAAAAGACCAUUGUCUACGUUUCCACCUGUGCGGGCGUGGACUACCUCCAGCACCUUCUUCCUGCGCUUCUCCCAACCGUCAACCUGCAAAAAAUCGACCUCGUACCUCUUCACGGAAAGCACGCACCGAACGUCCGACAAAAGAACUUCACUCGCUUCGUCAACUCUAUCGCACCGACCGUCCUCCUCACAACCGACGUCGCCGCGCGAGGUCUCGACAUCCCUCAAGUCGACCUUGUCGUGCAGCUCGACCCACCAGGCGAUCCCAAGGCCUUCCUGCACCGAUGCGGACGAGCCGGCCGCGCAGGUCGACGCGGUCUCAGCGUCGUCUUCCUCCACCCUGGCCGCGAAGAAGACUACGUACCCUUCCUAGACGUGCGCAAAACACCCGUUACUCCAUUAGAACACCCCACGAUAUCUACUUCUGACGAGGACGCCAAAACCGCGACUGCCACUCUCCGCAAACUAGUCCUUACCGACCGUGGCCUGCACGACAAGGCCCAGCGCGCCUUUGUCAGCUGGGUCCGCGCGUACACCAAGCACCAAGCCAGCAGCAUUUUCCGCGUGGCGGACCUCGACUGGCGCGACCUCGCCGACGCAUGGGGUCUCCUCCGCCUUCCCAAGAUGCCUGAGCUACGAGGCUGGCAAGGGGAUCGCUUCCUCGGCCUGCAGCUCGAUUUUGAAAACUUUGCGUACAAGGACAAGCAGCACGAAAAGGUCCGAAAGAAGGAGCUGCAACAGUUCAAGGAAACACAAGCAACGAGAGGAGAUAGAGAUACUGCUCCUCAAGACAAACAACAACACCAGAACAAGAAGAACAAGAAGAACCAGGCCUGGAGCAAUAAAACGGAACUCAAAGAACGACGCGAGGAACGUCGCGAGAAGAAGAAGACGAGACGCGAUGCAGAGCGUUCGGCCAAGAUGACACCCGCGGAACGUGAGAAACAGGAAGAGCUCCAGGCUCUAUUGAAGGAGGUUAAACAAAAGAAUAAUAUUGAAGACGAGGAGUUUGACGGUUUUGAUGAUUAGAUUUUUUUUCCUCUUUGAUAUGAUUCCCUUGUAUGGCGUAUUUUGUCUUGCUUUUCUUGCUUUUCUUUCUCCUUUGGCAGGCUUCUUUUUGAUUCAUUGCUCUUUUGGCAUCUCAUAUUCCCUGCGAAAAGUUCAUCAUAUAGCAUCGUUCUGGCGCAUCUUCCAGCUUUAUCAUCUCUGCUGCUAUCUCAUCUUUACUAUUUUCAUCAUCUGUAGCACAUAUACAUCAACCUCACAUGGACUCUUUGACCACCCUAUGAAAAUUUAACGCGUCGAGUAACAUCAUCAUCAAGGGUGCAAUUAUACUGUAUACUAAGGAAAGAGGGUAUAUAUAAAACAUUACAAACUAG